AUGAAGGAACGCUCUGCCUGCUCUCCACAGACGUUUCUAUCCAUGGCUUUCGACCGUGUCACGCCGGAGCUGAAGGUUGGAAGAGAAGAGUGUCUGGCCGAUGCACCCGAGCGCUUCGCCACUGCUCUGCAGCAGUUUGUGUGGGGCAGUGGACGACGUGGUGGAAGCGAAGCAUCGUGGAACACUUCGGAAACUCGUGUUGCCGACUCCCCGACAGCACUAGACAAGGUGAACGUCCUAUUACCAUUGCCUUCAUCACACGCUAUACACGUACUACGAGCGCUUCGAAGUGUUCUAGAUGCGGCGCGGUGCUGUUCUUGUUGCCCGCGUGAGGACCCCGUGACGGAGGCGGGGCUGUUUAUGCUGCGUCUCACACGGCUCAUGGAGCAGCAGACCCGCACACAUGUGCAAAACGAAGUGGACUCCUGUUUACGUGAAACAACAUCGCCGGCGUGCGUGUCGCCGUUGGCGCAGUCCUCAAAUGCGCUGCUCGAUGAGAGCAGUGCAUUGUCGAGAGGCAGGAGAAGUAGCCCACGUGGCAUCCAUACAAUACACCGCCGUGGGCGACGGUACACUUUACCGGACGCGUCCUCAUCAUAUUCGCCAUCACCCUCGUCGGUGUUAGACGUGAGUGCGCUGUCCGAUUCGAAACCGGAGGCAUCAACAGGAGAGUCCGUGUCACCGACCUGGCGCUUCCACGCUGAUCUGACGCUCCAACUGCAGCAGUGCAUGCUGCGGUCCAUGUGCCUCCUCGACACGGCCCUCAUCGACCAUUCAGCGGAAGACGGCGGAUUGUGCGGCAUCCUCACUCGUCCCCGUGCCGCCGAAUUUCAACAUAUCUUUGUCAACGCCAUCACCGAGACCUUAGUCAGCGCACGGGACAAGUGGAGGGCAGAUGUCGCCUUCACCAGCUCUACGGAGGCAGUGCGGGAAGUCUCGGUGGUGCUAGAGCGCCUUCAGCAGGUAGCCCACGCUCAGCGGCAGGCCAACGCGUCGCCGCAGCUGCAGGUGUGCGAGCUGACCACAACAGAGCCCACCCGUCGUAGUCCUCCUCCCUUCGCUUCGUGGAGGCGUUCUGAUUCCUCCUCGCAACGUGGUGGUGAAGGUGACGUGAAACGCGAGUCUGUAGACGCCUAUUCUGCGUCAGACCAUCGCAGCGACAUUGAACGGUGUCUGGGUGUUGUGGGCUCUGACUACGCCGCUAAGCUCGUCGCUCAGCAGCUGUGGUGUGCGCAAAGGCUGCUGUCCCAGCGCUUCCCCUCUUAUGCCGCCUCCUGGGACCACCUCGAGCGGGCGCGCUUCUUUGUCGAAUCGACGCGGAGCCCGACCCCGACGGUUCCGCGCAACGACAGCAACGAGCGGCCCACCGUCUUCGGUGCGUCUGCGUCGAUGGCGCGGUCUGACGCAACAAGACCAGAUAGCGUGCCGCGGCACGACGGUGGGACGCCGCCGCCGUGCGUCAUCACGACGCAGCGAAAAGGUGAACGACCUUCCAAGGCAGCCACGCCGACCUCUCCCCCUUUCCGCAGUCUCAUGUACAGUGAGGAGCGAACGGAGGAGAGGGAGGAGGAAACCAAAGACGGCGUGGCAGUGUCGACUCUGUCGCCCAACCACCGCCCUCCGGCGCCACUUCCUCGCCUACUACCCGUUGCACGGUGCCCAUUGUGGGAGAACCUGUUGGUUAGUUGUGGCGUCUCUGCUGGUUCCGCAGUCGCGGCUAUUCAACAACUGAUGACAGAGCAAGAGUCAUCGCCGACACGCGAGGCGCAGCAGCACGAGCAACUGGAAUCAAGCUACGGGAAUCGGUAUUUGCAAAACGCUCAUUUGAAUCACUCGCGCGGGAAGCAGACGGUCGCCAAGCGCAAGAAAACGUUCAGUAUCGAGACGGAGCACCGUGGUGAAAACCGAAGUCCUCUUUUUCCUAUGGAGCGCUUUCAUGCCCGAAGCAGAUGA